UAUACCCUGAGAAUUAGGCCCAGUGCUGGUGCCCCUCCUCGAUGGCCCUGUGCGGCCGCAGCCCCUCGACGGCCCUGGUUCUCGCUCGUGUCGCCGGCCGCCAUCGCCAUUCGCGUUCUUCCUCAUCGCGUCCCUGCCGCGCGCCUCCACCCCGCCCUCAAGCUUUGGCCAUUGACCUUCAGAAUUUCUGCGAUCUGUACUUUUUGCCGCAGCUCCUGAGUCAUUGCGUACAGAUCUGACCUGCAGCCCACGGUGGUGGUCACAUCGAUCUUCGGCUCUAGUAAAUAAACCACGGUUGGACCUCAUGCCUCGGAAUCAAACAAGGUGCGAAACUGAUUUCGGCAAUUCCAGGUUAAACUUGUUUCAACCAAACAAACAGUGGAACUGGAAUUACAAGCUAGUUCGGUAACCAUAGAGACAAUGCACAAGGAGGAGGCAAUGAAAACCACAUGUCAUGAAGAUACUAACAGCGCUGAUGGAUCAAGAAGCACGGAUGAAUAUGAUCCAUGUAAUCCUCCGUAUCCUCCAUGCCCUCCUGCUGUUGGAAAUAGCUUAAGUGACUCUAUCCGUUUAGUAGCUAAGUGGUCACGUGAGAAAGAAGCUGCAAUUGGUGCCCUUAGAGCAUCCAGUAUAAUUGUCCCAGAACGCAUCCCUAAGGCAGUGAAUCUUCUCUUCCAAGAUAAAGUGCACAAUUUGGCACCCAUCCUGGAUAAGGAUAGCGUCCGGCGCUUUCUCAGCUAUAUGUGGGUGAAUGGGCAGGGCAUGCAAUGGGGUUCGGUCAUCACACCAGAGGCUUUGAACCAUAUGAUUUCACAAAAUGCUGUUAAAUGUGUCAAAGUGGCCUUGGAGGGCCAGGCACCUGAGCUUGAUGGGUGCCGAGCCAGUCCCAACUGCAUGAACCAGUAUGGGUACUAUCCCCUCCACCGAGCUGCUGAAUUUUUUUUGGUUGACAUGAUUCAGUUGCUCGUUCGCCACGGCGCAUCCGCCAAUCUACGCACAGCCGGUGCUGAGGUCAUCGAGGGCCUUCUCCCACUCCAUGUUGCAGUCGAGAACACGUGCAUGCAUAAGUAUCUCGAAGACUGUCUAUUUCCUAACCACGAGCAUCGGGAUUACAGUGAGGCAGAUGCCAACUUUAUCUUCAAGCUCAUCCAUCUUCUGUGCCUACCUGAAAUGAAGAUCUUCUUGGAUACGACUCGGCUGAUUGCAAAAUACAUAGAUAAUCUAUUGGAUGAGCUGUGGAACUACAUAAAAGAGGGAAAGCUUGCCGAGACAGCCGUUUUGCUCUUGGCAGCUCAAGAGCAGAUACGCAAGGGAACUUCUCGCAAGAGAAAUGGAGAUAGUAAGCCAGAUGGGUUUGCUAUUAUCCGUGACCGUAUUUUGAACAACAGUAUUGCUUUGCAUUCUGGGAAGGGUCAGCAAGAGGAGGCAAGGAUACGGCUUAAUAAUAUGGCAUUGAUGCUUGUUCAUGUAAUUUCUAAAGCUGGUGAAUGUCUUAAUUCAUACAUUAAGAAACAUCUAGAGGUGCCGCAUUUGGAGGUCACUGAACGUGUUUCGUCGAUUCUCAAGGAUAAUGGUUUUAGUCCUACUAGUGAAUGGAUAGAAAUUGGAAACCUCUGCCCCUAUGAGGAUGUGUUGUCCAGUGAGGAUAUACCUAACAUAUCUGGCGAAAGUGACACAAACAGGGAGGCUCUAGAAAUGGAUUAUCUACCCACAGUAGUGAAUAAGAGCCAGGCUGCGAGGAGGAAGAGAAAACCGAGACGAUGGGAGCUCAUACUCGCCAGGAGAAGCUUCUUCCCAUGGUGGAGAUCGGUGUUAUCUGCCCGGUCUAAUGCCAGGAUCACCCCCCACAAAUGGGCACGUCCUUCUGAAUGCUUGGAUCUCGAGAUGGCUUGGAAGAAACCUACUCAAGGCUUGGAUGGUGAGACAGCUUCGAAGAAGGCAACCGCCCAGCAGGAUGGUUCUGCUGCUGCUGCAGCUCCCGGCGUGAUGGGCCGAUUUCCCAUGGUGGUAUAUAGUAGCAAGCCCGGUGAGCUGUUUACUACAAUACCGCUCGAUGAUAUACCCAAAUACAUGAGGCAACAACAGAGAAGGCAAUCCAGAAGGCUGUUUAGUACAGCGGUUAGUUAUCAGCCCAUCCUCCAACUCCCGUUGGUGAGCUUCCACACCUUGACCGUGUUGUCGCAGCCACCAGAAGCAAGUUUCUGGACGUACUCGAACUGCCCAGAAGGCCCUGGGCUGAUUAGAGCGCCCGGCGCCAUUGCUGGGGCCCAGGAAACAGAGGUGACGCCCACUGGCAGUUUCUUCGGAUCAGUUGAGAAACUGCCAAUUAUGUUGUAAACCUUCCCAAGGUUCACAUUGUUUUCCCACAACUGCUUUAUCAACUCUUUGCUGUAGACGUUGAUGUGUUUGUGCGAUGGCCACUGCACCUUCUCAGUGCUGUACCAGCUGUUGUCUGACGCUCGCAGCAACCCAAUCACAUCGGCCACUCACGCCUGCAUGAUCUACUAUUUUCUACCUCUGGUUUUCCCUGCGUGCGCAUCAUCAAACCAAAGAUCAGUACCGCCACACAAUGACAGAAUGACUGGACAACAAAAUUCAGCAAUAACAUUCUCUAGUCAGUUUACCAGAGGUGGGCACUCACCGAGCAACCACAGACUAUCUCCUCCAUGCAUUUCGAUCUCUCGGCAUUGAGUCUGCUCUUACCAUAUCUAAUACUGAAUCCGAUCUCCUCACCAAGUGAAUCGAAAUUCAACCCAAGUGCUGGCCAUACAACACCUUUCGUGGGUUCUUCUGCAUACUUCCUGGUCGACUACUCCAAAGCACUCAUCCUGGACAGACAAGGUGUGC